AGAGACAUCUAGUCAUUCACCUCUUUUUGAAGGAGCUUCUGCACCUCCUUAUGAACUGAUGAACAACAGAUCUAUAGGUGGAAAGCAAGGUUCAGGAGAUAAUGGAAACAAAUCUUUGUCUGGUUUACUUGAUCAGAACCCCCCUCAACAUCUGAGUUAUUGGAACACACUCUCCACCUCUGAACAAGAGAUUAAAGAUGCAUUUCUCCAGUAUGCAGCCACCAAGUGUUGCUAUAGGACUGCCCCUGCAAAGCGUAUGAAAGUCCAGAAGCUGACUCCUCUCAACACAUACAGAUAUCGGUUAGAGACUUUCACUGAACGUAGAGAGACACACUUGGCUAGCGAAGACUAUCAUGGUGGAUUUGUGGACUCAGCUGCUGUUGGACCCCCACCCGCCCCAUGGGAACUCACCGUGGAUCCACCUCCCCUGUUUACAGACUGUGAAACGCAUAUCCCGGUACCCCACUCCUAUUCGCUGGAGAAUUGUCGAAACUGCAAUGGGCGUGGUGCAAUUAUGUGCCAAUCUUGUAAAGGAAAGGGCAAGAAAAAGUGUUCAGCUUGUAAUGGGAGUCGGUUCAAUUCAGCAGAAGGCAAUGCCUGCUCAUGGUGUUUGGGUACAGGAGACCAUCGUUGCUUCAGUUGCUGUAGCAAUGGGUGGCUCAUGUGUUACCGCUGCAAUGGGAAAGGCAUGUUGUUGUAUCAUACUGAACUUUCAAUCACAUGGAAGAACAAUAUUUUAGAACACACAGCAGACAAGGAUUCUGACUUUCCACUUUACCAUUUGCAGGAAGUAACUGGAAGAAAAAUACUUAGUGAUGAGAAUAAAUUGGUACUUCCCAUAAUGGAUUUCCCAGAAUCAUCCAUUGAAGACUAUUCAAGGAUAUGCAUUGCUCAACACAAAAUGAUGUUUGCUUCAGGUGAACAUCGAAUCUUGAAACAGAGGCAAACAGUCGAGCUGGUGCCACUCACAAAAGCUGAAUAUGCAUGGAAAGGCAAACCCUACUCCUUCUAUGUCUUUGGCAAUGAGAAUGAAGUGUAUAGCAAAGACUACCCCGCAAAGUGCUGCUGCUCUGUCUUGUGAGAAAGAACCGUUUCAAUGACAGUCCCCUGUCAAACUACCCCGCUAUUCUCUGCUUUCAGUUCUCCACAGCAUCUUUCAGGAUUCCUUCUGUGCAAUGACUAUGCAAAAAUAACAUUAUUGUUUGCUCCACCCAGAGGAAUUUGUGGCUGAAAUUGUUUGUGAGUCUUAUUUAUGCAUUUGGAAAAUGAAGGAAACUACUAGUUCUAAUGCACCUUGAAACAGGAUGUUAGUACAUUUCACUAUCUAAAUAUUUAGUUUCCUUUCAUGAGCCCCAUUUGGUCAUUUUCUACCCGGACCGUGAACAGUCUGGAGAAGCCCUGCCUCCUGCUGAUGCUGCUCAUCAGCACUGGGUGUGGGAGGCAAGCUUUCCCACAAACAGCUAUACAGGCAGGCUUCUACACCAGUCAGCAUGAUAGGUCCUGGAUCCCGUAGAAAUCAAUGUACAUACAGUCAUAUGUACUCUACGUCUUCUUU